UGGUUGCCCGUAAGUGGGUAUUUGAACUCAGGGCUCCCGUUCUUCCAUUUCCUUCGCUUCCGCCCAGCUUGCUUAUGGUAGCGCGCUGCACGCCGCCUGUUCUUGUUGUCAAAGGCCACCCUUUAAAAUUACGAAAUGCCUCCGUAAGUGUCGAGAAUUACAAACAAGGUCACGCCAACAAGCUUUACGAACAAAACGACUUAUAAGAACAACCCCGGCUUAUUUGUAAUUCUUUUGAUAUGGCAGGGCUUCUCUUCUUAAUCACCAGCCAACACGCCAAAGUACAAAAGGAUCGCUACUCUCCGUGUCCCUCAUCGCCGCCAUUCGCCGGUAUGGCGAGUAUUCCGCUCUCCCAGAAUCGGGCUUUUCUCCCUGCCUCACUAGGGCUACUUUCUCGUAGCCCUAACCCUAGCAGAGGGACCAACAUCGUCCUCUCUCAUCAAUUCCCAUGGCGAUCUUCCCCAUCAUCGAAAGCCAAACGCUCCCUAGCUCCACUACAUCCAUGGAGAUUUCCAGGGAAACAGUCCCCCAGAGAAGUUCCGGGGCCUCGUAUUCUUUCCUCUCUGGGGAGGCCUGCCUCUGGUUCUUUAAUUCCAGAGAGCGAGCCACAGAAACCUAGCUUCCUGGAGUUCGUCACCUCCGAGAGGGUCAAGGUGGUCUCGAUGCUGGGAUUGGCUCUUGCUCUCUGCAAUGCCGAUCGGGUGGUGAUGUCGGUGGCCAUCGUUCCACUUUCCCAGGCUAACGGAUGGAGCCAAUCCUUUGCCGGCAUCGUUCAGUCAUCUUUCCUUUGGGGUUAUCUCAUGUCGCCCAUUAUUGGAGGAGCUCUAGUGGAUUAUUAUGGUGGCAAGAUUGUCAUGGCCUGGGGUGUGACUCUUUGGUCGAUGGCCACUUUCCUCACUCCUUGGGCUGCUGAGACUUCUUUACGGGCUCUACUUGCGAUGAGAGUUCUUUUGGGUGUUGCAGAAGGAGUGGCACUACCUAGUAUGAACAACAUGGUCCUAAGAUGGUUUCCUCAAACAGAACGGUCUGGAGCUGUUGGGCUUGCAAUGGCUGGAUUCCAGCUUGGCAAUGCAAUUGGUCUACUGAUUUCCCCUAUAAUCAUGUCACAAGCUGGAAUCUUUGGACCUUUUGUAAUAUUUGGAUUAUUUGGAUUUCUUUGGGUAUUGGUAUGGCUGUUUGCAACAUCAAGUACUCCUGAUAAACAUCCCCAGAUAUCAAGAUAUGAGUUAAACUAUAUUAUGAAGAGUCAAAAACUGCCGAUGCCUGAUAUUAAUGAACCUGAAAAAUCCAGAAUGAUCCCUCCCUUCAGGAAAUUACUUUCGAAGAUGCCAACAUGGGCUUUAAUUUCUGCAAAUGCCAUGCAUAGCUGGGGUUACUUUGUUAUUCUUUCUUGGAUGCCAAUUUACUUCAACACUAUUUAUCAUGUGAACCUCAGGGAGGCUGCAUGGUUUAGCGCGCUUCCAUGGGUCAUGAUGGCAGUUUUGGGGUAUAUUUCUGGUGCUGGGUCAGACAUGCUAAUUCAGAAUGGUACAAGUGUUACUUCCACUCGAAAAAUCAUGCAGUCAAUUGGUUUUGUUGGUCCUGGGGUUGCUCUUCUUUGCUUGAAUAUGGCAAGAAAUCCUUUUGUGGCUUCUGCUUGGCUUACGGCAGCCGUUGGUUUAAAUUCCUUUAGUCAUUCUGGUUUUCUGGUGAAUCUCCAGGAGAUAGCCCCACAGUAUGCUGGUAUCUUGCAUGGAAUGUCGAAUACUGCUGGAACUUUGGCAGCCAUUAUAGGAACUGUUGGAGCAGGUUUCUUUGCUGAGCAGAUGGGUUCCUUUCGUGGAUUUUUGAUGCUUACAUCACUUCUGUAUUUCAUUAGUGCAAUUUUCUGGGAUAUUUUUGCUACUGGAGAGCGUGUUAAUUUCGAUGGAGCUGGUUAGUAAUCUGACAAGCUAAAUUUUUUGUUUGAUAUAAGUAUGUGUUGGCGGACAUUCCCAGUCUUAAUUUAAGAAGCUUUGGCUGUAUCUUGACAAAAAAAAUUUAGGAAAUCAAUAUGUGCACAUAUGGCAACUUAA